GGAGGCGGGGUGGGCCCUGGAGCAGCGGCUCUCGCUCUCGGGCGCCCAGGGCGCUCACUCUCUCGGCACUCACUCGACCGGAGGUUUCUCGGCUGGCCGUGUCCCGCCGCUCCCGGAGCAGCAGGAGCCCCCCUGCACGCCCGCGGUCCCGCUCCGGCCCCCGGGGCUCCAGACGCCGCCGCCCGACGGCGACAUGGGCGUCCCCCUAGUCCCGGAGGCCGGUGGCCGGCGUUGGGGGCCUGUGCUCCUCACUCUCUUCCUGGCUGCCUCCCGAGGUCUGGUGGCGGCCUUCAAGGUCGCCACACCAUAUUCCUUGUACGUGUGCCCCGAGGGCCAGAACGUCACCCUCACCUGCAGGAUCUUGGGCCCCAUGGCCAAGGGGCACGACGUGACCUACUACAAGACGUGGUACCGCAGCUCGCGGGGCCAAGUGCAGCUCUGCUCGGAGCGCCGGCCCAUCCGCAACCUCACAUUCCAGGACCUUCACCUGCACCACAGCGGCCACCAGGCCAACAGCAGCCAGGAUCUGGCCCAGCGCCACGGGCUGCAAUCCGUCUCUGACCACCAUGGCAACUUCUCCAUCACCGUGUUUAACCUGACCCCAGUGGACAGCGGCCUCUACUGCUGCCUGGUGGUGGAGAUCAGGCAGCACCACUCGGAGCAGAGGGUCCACGGUGCCAUAGAGCUACAGGUGCAGAGAGGCAUCACGGCUGCUGCUGUGGCUACAGGCGCUUGCAUCGUGGGCAUUCUCUGCCUUCCCCUCAUCCUGCUCCUGGUCUACAAGCAAAGGCAGGUGGCCUCCAACCGCCGUGCCCAGGAGCUGGUGCGGAUGGACAGCAACAACCCUCAAGGAAUCGAAAACCCUGGCUUUGAGGUCUCUCCGUCUUCCCACGGGAUGCCAGAGGCCAAGCCCAGGCCUCCACUGUCCUACAUGGCUCAGAGGCAGCCUUCGGAGUCUGGCCGGCACCUGCUCUCCGAGCCCUGCACUCCUGUGUCUCCACCAGGCCCUGGGGAUGUCUUCUUCCCAACCCUCGACACCGUGCCUGACUCUCCGACCUCUGAGGCCAUCUAGGCCAGCUGGGGCCAGUGGGCGAUCGUGGCUGGGCCUGGGGCAGGCGCAUUUGAGGUCAAGCCGGCCCUCUGAGUGGUCCCUUAGCCUUGGCCCUGGUUCCCUCCCUCCUGCUCUGAGCCCAGACUCUUUGAGAUACCUCUGAUGGCCAGACUCUCAACUCCUCUGGGUGCUACACGGCAGCAGGGAGAAGGUGUUGGAUCCCUCAGUCCCUGUCUCAAGGAUGGUGGGGUGCCGCGAUCCCACCCAGAGACCCGAGAUUCACCAGCUGCAAAUGCCAAAAGGCCUACAUCCUAGAAGCCCAAGAAUUUUCAGCUCUGUGGCAGCUUCCUCCCCUGGGACAGGAGUCUUUGGGACCUGACAACACAGAGGGGACACGAUGGGCACUGGGCGGAACUCUCCCCGACCCAGUGCCAUCCUGCCAGGCGCGAGAUACAGGACAAGACGUGGAAAGACUCCUCCCUGCCGUGGUGAUCUCGCCUCUGCUCAUCUGUCAGACUCCCUCUUUGUAACCACGGGUCUCUGGGGCUGGGCCUGCCUGCGUCCGGGCCAUGGGAGCCUUCCCCCGCUGCCUGCUCCCAGCAGCCUCCCCCAACAGCUGUCAACGGGUUCAGCAAAUCUGGGCUCCCCUUGCCUGCCCUCUGGUUCCCAGAGUUCAUUGACCGGGGUCCCUGAAACAGGAAGUGCACAUGGUGGCAUGGUGGCCACUAUGGGCUAACUGGCAUCUUGGGUAACGGAGGCCAGGCAGGAGGUUGCAAUACCCACUGUAGGGGGUGGGGAGGGGGAGCAGGUGGAGCCUGCUGGGAAGGUGAGUGGAGACGCUCCACCUCCCAUCCUCCCUCCCCCCUCUAGUGCUCAGUGUGCUCACUACAGAAGGUGACCCCAUACUGUAUUGUCCCAACUGUGACACUCUUGAGUGUGAAGAGGGAGUCCUAUUAACUACACGGGCAACACGUGCAAACCCGGUGAACGGACUGUAAGAGCUGGGUUUUAAUCCCUGCGCUGCUUCUAGGUAGGGGUGCCUGAGGCCCGGGGAGCCCUCCUCCACCCACCCCGGUCUUCAGUGUUCCGUCCCAUUUAAUCUGCUGAGUCUUCGCUGCAGAGUGGCCCUGUCAGGUGGGCAUGUACACGGGAGGGUUUGUGGCAACUCUGCUCUGGACCCUCUGCUCUGUCUCCUGCUUCAGGGCAUAUGCCCUGGAUUUGUUUUAUACACACAUACAAGGGAAUCCUUUGUGGAAUUUCGAUUAAAGGGUUUUAAAACAUGGAGAGG